AUGGUACUACCAUGCGACUUGGCCGGCUAUCCGCGUGUUUUGGAGCUGAGAAGGCUUGUUUCCAAUACUGCUGGACGUCUACAUGUCGUUCGCAGUUACAUUUGUAUAAAUCCUUCCAUGACACAUCGAGCACAGCUGACGCUGCAAAUUUCCGAAUUUGAUGGUAUAGGGUAUGACUGGCUGCGUAGUAAGCUCGACGGAUCUGCAGACCGGGAUCCGAUGGGAAUCACAAAGCAGGGUCCUGCAUACUAUCUUCUGUCGGUACUGUUGGUUUGGAAUGGAGAUGUCAUAUAA